GUCACUCCUUCCGACAAGGAUCCAGCAAGCAAGCAACCAAAUCACCAAGAAUCUUCAAAGCCGAGCAGAAAUCUAUACCUCGCGUCCUCCGAUAUCAAGCUUCAAUCCACCGACUUUUUCGGAGACCAUGUCGCUCAUUCCCAGCUGGUUCGGUGGCCGACGCGGCGACGCCUUCGACCCCUUCGCGCUCGACCUCUGGGACCCCUUCAAGGACUUCCCUUUCCCUUCCUCUCCCCUCUCCGCCUCUACUUUCCGGGAAAAUUCCGCCUUCGUCAACACCAGGAUCGACUGGAGGGAAACUCCCGAAGCCCACGUGUUCAAGGCCGAUCUUCCGGGGCUCAAGAAAGAGGAAGUGAAAGUGGAGAUCGAGGACGAUCGGGUGUUCCAUAUUAGUGGAGAGAGGAAGACGGAGAAGGAGGACAAGAACGACAAGUGGCACCGAGUGGAGCGUAGCAGCGGGAAGUUCAUGAGGAGGUUCAGGUUGCCCGAUAAUGCGAAGAUGGAUCAGGUGAAGGCGUCGAUGGAGAACGGAGUGCUCACCGUUACUGUUCCCAAGGAGAAGAAGCCUGAAGUCAAGGCCGUCGAGAUCUCUGGCUGAGUGUGCAAUGGAAUUAUUAGGAAUUUUCCUAGCCAGCAGUAUAUGUAUUAUCCACUAGUUCACGAGGAGCAGCCAGGGAAGAGGGUCGACAUGAUACUUCCUUUAAUUGCUCAUCCAAAUAAAUUAUCUGAAUCAAGAUGCUGUUAAUCAGA